AUCAGUUUAGAAAGUGAGAAAAGUGUGUGAAGAGUGAAAUACACUUAGAGUAGAAGUGUAUUGGUGAGGAUUGGUUUUUUGUAAUAGUUGAGUGUGAGAGUUUGCUCCUCCUAUUGUAAUUCUGUUCUUGAUAUUGAAUAGAAGAAUUUUCCAAUCCCAACAAGUGGUAUCAGAGCCAGGUUGAGUUUUCAUACACUGUUUUCUCAUUUUCAGACAAAUUUCUACAGGUUAGAAAAUCGUGAUUUUUCAAGUUGCUCGGAAUCACGAUCUGAUCAUACCGUUAGAUUCGUCUCGUCGAGACGAGAAAUCUGGUAUUUUUGGGGAAUUUUUUGGCCACCGGAAGAGGCCGUACGCGCCGCCCAAACGCGCCGGAAAACUGCCUGCGUCAUCAUUGCGUCAUCACGCAGUCUAGAGGAAGAAGAUGAGUCACGUCAGCCGCCACGUCAGCGCCACGUCAGCCCACGUAAGCGCCAUGUCAGCCGCCACGUCAUCCGUGUAAGCCAUCCCCUGGGUGCCACGUCAGCGCCACGUGGCGUCAGCACAGUCCAGCUGUUGCCACGUCAUCCACCUGCUGGUCUGCCCACUGGUUUGCUGCUUGAACCGGACCGAACCGGUUCAAAGUUGUGGAGGCCGGUUCACCCAUUUCCAGACCGGUUUUGGACGAGGUUAGACCGGUUCCUACCAUUUUCGGCCAUUCCGGAUCCAACGGUGAGCUCUGUUUGUCCAAAUUCGGCUCCAAAAAUAAGGUACGAGAUAUUUUGAGCGUUUUAUUAUGGAUAAAUCAUCAUCGGACACCAUGAUUGCGCUCACUUCCACAAAUUACAAUAUGUGGAAGCCUCGGAUGGAGGAUUUGCUAAAUUUGAGGGAUUUAGCCGAUCCUCUUGAUAAUAAUGGCGUGAAACCGGAUAAAAAGACGGAUGAAGAAUGGACAAAAAUGAAUAGAAAAACUGUCGCACAAAUUCGACAGUGGAUAGAUCAUAGUGUGUUCCACCAUGUUGCGCAAGAACAAAGUGCUUACACACUAUGGGAGAAGCUUGGUAGCUUGUAUCAAGCAAAAACCGCCGGAAAUAAGACGUUACUAAUGAGGAGAUUAGUAAACCACAAGUUACGAGAAAGUAUUUCGGUGUCAGAACACACCAGUCAAUUCCAGGAUCUUGUGAAUCAGUUGAGCACCACCGGAUGGGUUCUCAAAGAUGAAGAGCAGGCGAUACUACUCUUGAGCUCUCUACCUGACAGCUGGGAGACUCUUGUUGUCACUCUCAGCAAUUCUGCUCCCAAUGGCAAAGUGACUAUGCAGAUGGUCACAGAUGCCCUUAUGAACGAAGAAGCCCGAAGAAAAGAAGCCGGGACUGAACAAUCAUAUGCCUUCGUGUCAGAAACCAACAGGCGAGGGGGAGGCAGAAAUGGAGGAAGAAGUCGAUCUCGAGGUAGAGGUCAAAGUCAAAACAGAGGAAAUUCUCAAGUUCGCGGCCGAUCACAAGAACGAGGUAUGUCCUGUGAAAACAAUACUUGGUUUGAAGGAUAUUGCAACUAUUGUGGUAAUUAUGGGCAUAGAAAAAGAGAUUGUAGAAAGUUUCUACGAGAGCAGCCACAGACGAGUCAAAAUACUAGCCAAGAAGAUGGUGUGACUAUGGUUAGUUUGUCAUCAGAUGCGUGUCUUGUUACACAUGGUGAACAAGAAUGUUUACACGUAGGUACUCAUGAUGUUGAGUGGGUGAUUGAUACAGCCGCAUCAUUUCACGCUACUCCACACCAGAACUUAUUCACAUCUUAUAAGUCAGGAGACUUUGGAGCUGUGAAGAUGGGAAACACGAGUUUCUCGAAGAUUGUUGGCAUUGGUGAUGUGCACAUAACAACCAAUGUCGGAUGCGCACUUGUGUUGAAAGAUGUUCGACAUGUUCCAGAUCUUAGAUUGAAUCUUAUCUCCGGUACAGCUCUAGAUCAGCAAGGAUAUCUUAACCGAUUCAAAGAAGGUACGUGGAAGUUAUCUAAAGGUUCCUUGGUUGUUGCAAGAGGCCAUAUUUGUGGUACUCUGUAUAAAACUCAUGCAAAGAGGAGUCACUUGGAGGAAGCAGAUAUAUCGUGACAUUCAUUGAUGAUGCAUCACGAAAGGUAUGGGCUUAUUGUUUGAAGAGUAAGGAUCAAGUGGUUGAUCGCUUCAAAUUAUUUCAUGCCAUGGUAGAAAGAGAAACAGGGAAGAAGCUGAAGUGCCUGCGUUCAGACAAUGGAGGAGAGUACACUUCCCGGGAGUUCUCAGCAUAUUGCGCCGCAUAUGGAAUCAGACAUGAGAAGACGGUUCCACGAACUCCACAGCACAAUGGUGUAGCAGAAAGAAUGAAUCGGACCAUUAUGGAGAAAGUUCGUUGCAUGCUGAGUAUGGCUAAACUACCUAAGCCAUGCUGGGGUGAAGCUUUGCUGACAGCUUGUUAUCUUAUAAACAGGUCACCUUCUGUUCCUUUAAACUUUGAAGUGCCACAGAAGAAAUGGUCAAGAAGAGAUGUUUCUUACUCUCACUUGAAAGUGUUCGGUUGCAAGGCAUUUGCACAUGUGUCCAAGGAGUUGAGACAGAAGCUUGAUCUCAAGUCAAACCCAUGCAUCUUCAUCGGGUAUGGUGAUGAAGAAUUCGGAUACCGGUUGUGGGAUCCCGAAUUGAAGAAAGUUGUACGAAGCAGAGAUGUUGUAUUUCAUGAAAACGAGUUUCAUGGGUGUGUUCCAAUAAUCCGCCAACAACAUACUCCAGAAGACGAAGUGCCUGUAUCAUCAAACAUUCCUCUCAGCGACGAGGAGAUGCAUGAUACUACUGAACAAGAGAGUGAUGGUUCAGUAGGUGAUGAUGAUACUCACAGUGAUGAUAUUCCUCAGCAGGGGGAGCCUUCAUCUGAAGACGAAGCUGAAGGUACUCAUGUUCGACGUUCUAUGCGAGGCAUAGUUCCACAGAGAAAGUAUUCCACAUCCGAAUGGAUACUUGUUGCCAGCGAGGGGGAGCCAACGAGCAUCGCAGGUACGAGAGAAAUAAAGAAAAAGGUGGAGGGGGAGAUUUGUAGGAUUCUUCCACCUUCUUUCUUGGAAGUUGCCAAGAGGCAUCUCACACCUUCUUGGAAGGAGGUCUCCAACAUAUGAACAUGGUGAAGAUAUGGAGAUAACUAUGGAAGCUUGGAUGCAACUUCCUCUUGUCUCCAAACCAGCCUAUAAAUAGAGUGUUCUAUUGUUGUUCAUAUCAUCAGUUUAGAAAGUGAGAAAAGUGUGUGAAGAGUGAAAUACACUUAGAGUAGAAGUGUAUUGGUGAGGAUUGAUUUUUUGUAAUAGUUGAGUGUGAGAGUUUGCUCCUCCUAUUGUAAUUCUGUUCUUGAUAUUGAAUAGAAGAAUUUUCCAAUCCCAAC